AUGCACGACACAAAACUCGAGCUCCACGACUACAUCCAGGAGCCCGGGGUCCCGUACACAUUCGUCGACGUCGGCAACUGGAUGGAGACGCUUUCGCCGCUGCCGAAGCGCACCGUCGUGCCCGCACCGCUGCAGGUGAUCGCGCACACGAUGUAUAACAGCGAGCGGGGGCGGAUGCUGCUUGUCGGCCCGACGCACGUCGGGAAAUGGGUGGCGCGCAUCGUGAAGGACCCGCGCACGGUCACCAAGAUCGUGCUCGUCUGGGAAGGCGAAAUGAUGCACAACGAUUUUUUGGAGAUUGCGGACCGCGUGUCAGGGGAGGGCGGGAUGUUCGAAACAGCGACGCUCGAAGGGCUGCGGAAGGCCCAGAAAUGA